GACUGUCGCCGUCAAGCAAAUGAAACGCUUGUCUUUCGUCCGUAACGUAACGCGUAACGCGAGUGGCUUUUCUGCUGUGCCCAGCGAGCAAUUAAAAUUCGAAGUCAAAUGCUCCACGAAGAAAAGGCGAUAAACAAAUAAUAUACAAAUAUAGAAAAUUAGCGGCAUGCUACAAAUGUAGUUAAUGUAAAUCAAGUGCCUUUCCCAAAUGCGAGCGCGUACGCGUUGCAUAUAUACGGGUUCCGUUCGUUCCGCAAGCAGCAAAGCAGCGUAUCGUAUUUUUCCCUCUUACGUUUCUCGUGUGUGUGCCUGUGUCCGUGUGCGUGUGUGUGUGUUGUUUUUGUGCUUGUUUAACGUCAAACAACAGCAGCAGCAGCACAGGUAGACAACGUCUCAGACACCAUAAAACGAUCAAAGAUUAAAAACAAAAUAAAAAAAUCUUUAGCGAAAAAGUAUAGAAUAAGAAUUUCGACUGCGAGAAGCGCAUCAAAAAACGCCAACAACAACAGAAAAACAACAAAAACAGCACUUAUUUUUUCGUGUUAAUUACUUUUGUGCGUCUUUGCUUUGCGGUCGCAUUCAUUUCAUAUACUAGUAUUAUUUUUUUCUUGGAUUUUCUUCAGGCAGCCACAGCCAUCAACGGCCGCCAGACACAAAAAAAAGCAGAAACAACAACAAAUGCUUUCGCGCCCCAAUGGGUGUGAGCGAGCGCGCAGAUCAUUUAUACGUAUCGUAAACGUAUCGUGAAUGAAUAUUUUGUCUAUGUGUGUUUUGAGAGAGAGAGAGUGAGCGAGAGAAGAGCGCGCGGUGCGUACGUGUUUCAGUGUGUGCGUGCGUGUUGCGUGUCCAUGUGUGCGUCUGUGUCUGUGUGUGUGUGGGAGCCCAAAGCAUUUAUAAUAAAUAAAUUGUGUUGCCACUCGUCAAGCAAAUAAAUAAUUAUGCUGCUGCACACAAGAAAAACGGCAAAAACGUAACAAAAAAGUGUGAAAAAUCGUCGUCGACUUACAAAAAAAUACAAAUUAAGAUCAAAUAAUAGUACGAGUUACGACUUAAGAGCAAAAGCAACACAAGAAAAAAAGCUCUCAAGCUGCCCAUCCGAAAAAAAGUGUUUCGUUUCUUUCGUCGUCCGAUUCGCGAGUUUUUGAGUGGAAUUUUGACAAUUUCGUGUCUUGUUGUUGUUGUUCUUGUCGCUUGUCGGUUGUCAGUCGAAAGUUUUUCGAUCAAAUUUGUCAUCGCAUCGGGAAGCUGCUUUAGGAAUACACACCGAGAGGGAGAGCGAGAGAGAGAGAGAGAGAGUACUCAAAAAGUUGUGUUGUGGUUUGCCAGGAUGCAGAAGAGGCGGCAUUAGCCAGGAGCAGCAACAGCUAAGCAACGAGGACGGGAAGCGAGAAGGAAGGAGCGAAGGAGUGAGUGUGUUAUCCUAGAGGCGAGUCUAGAUUGCAACAAGAAGAACAACAUGUCACAGCAAGUGUAUUCGGCGCAUCCAGCGCUGGCCGCUGAGCAGCUGGCAGCGCCAAGCAGCUCCAACAACAACAGCAGCAGCAACAACGUCGGCAGCAGCAGCAGGCGGAAGACCACGCCCAAAAAGUAUACAUUAAGCAGAAGCUGUGCGGCGCUAGCAGCGGCAGCUGCAGCUAAAGCAACAACAACAGCAACAACAACAGAAACAGCAACAACAGCGACAGCAGCAGCAACAACAGCGGCAACGAGUGGCAAGGAGUCGUGCAACACGCGCAAAACGCAACCAGCGCGAACAAACUUGGCUGCUGUGGAUGAUGAUGAUGACAUCGAGUGCGAAGAUGUGGACGAUGUCAACUUUGGCCAACAGCAGCAGCAACAGCAGCAGCAGAGGCAACCAACCAAAGACAAUGGCUACGAUGAGACGGAUCAUGUGCAGCUGCGUCACAAGCGGCACAGUCGACAAAUGUCAGAUAGAGGCGGCGGCGGCCGAGCGGGUGGAGUGGGUGGUUUGGCUGGCACGGCGACAGGUGGUUCAAUGAGCGAUUUGAGCAGCGUGAUUAGCUCACCAUCGGCCAGCACUGUUUCGUCGCCGCUGUCGACGCCGACGCGAACGGCGCCAUUGCAGCUACAAUUGCAGCACAGCCAUCAGCAUCAGCAUCAUCAUUGUUGCCACAAGCAGUCAAAAGCUGCAGCGUCGGCCGUAUCACACCACCAGCCACAAAAACAUCAAAAUCAACAGCACCAGCAGCAAAAUCAGCAGCAGCAACAGCACCAACACCAUCAUCAUCAUCAUCAAAAUCAUCAUGCGGCUGCUGCUGCUAUUGCUGCCUCUGCCGCAGCCGCUGCAGCGGGCUGUGGCGCCAACUCCUCGUCAGCCUGCAAGAGCAAGAAACUUGAUCCGCGCUUCAGUCCGUCACCGUAUCGCCAGCUUUUGCCCAUUGCCCUGUGCCUGCUCUCGUUUGCGCUCGUCUUUGCCACGUUAAUUGUUUACAUGGACACGACAGAAAUCCGGCAUCAGCAAUUUCGGCUGAAUAUGUCGCGCGACUACGAGCUGAAUAGCGUGGCCCAAGACGAUCCCGCACUCAUUGCAUUCCUGCGCCAAAUUCACAUGCGCAAGUAUAUGUAUAUGGCCAAAAGCGCCACCGUCUCCAGCUCCAGCGGCAAGUCGCCGGCCGCCUCAGCAGCUGUACCGCCCGCCGGUACGGGCAACAUCAGUAGUAGCAGCAGCAGCAGCAGCGGCAACAGCAUCACCGAUCAGCUGGCGCAUUAUGUGUCCGAUUUGGUUGGCGGCAAACUCAAUGGGGCAGUUAUACAAUCGUUAAGCGGUCCGCUGGCGCAUCUGAUAACGGCGCCCUGGCUGAGCGAGCAACUCGACUGGAUGGGCGUGCUGAUUGAGCCGGAGCCACGCUGGUAUUUCGCGUUGCGCAAACAGAAUGCGCAACGGCCACGCAUGCAGGUGGUGCACGCCUGCGUCUCCCCAAAUCCCUUUCCCAAAGAGAUCACCAUACACAAUGAGGAUGUGCGCAUAAACAGUUUGCACGAUGAGGAAACAUCGUGGUUCAAUUCGCGUGUCAAAUGCUUUCCGCUCUACACAAUCAUGCUGGCAUGUGAGCGCACCGAAUACGAUCUGCUCAGUCUGGGCGUGCAGGGGCAUGAGCUGGAGAUCUUGCAGACGCUGCCCUUUGACAAGAUCAAAAUCGAUAUAAUCUCGAUACAUUUGCUGGAUGAUCACGAGGAUGUGCGCGACUAUGUGCAGAGCAUAACAAAGUUCCUAGCGGGCAAAUUCUACAAAUUGCAGCGCAAAAUCGGUCGCAACUAUUUCUAUCAACGCCUCAAUGCCAGCGCCAGUCGUACGCGCAAGAAAGAUAUACUGCUGCUGAAGACCCCAAUACAGUAACUACAACUACAACAGCAACAUGUACAUCAACAUCAACCACAACAACAACAACGAAGAAAGGAUUCAGCUAUUAGAAAUGUGCGUUAAAUGUUAGUCCUCGAUAUGUUAGACUCGAUAAUAAAGUAGAGAGAAUGCAAUUAGCAACAUCAUAGAGCAACGACGCGUACUAAAUAACAAUACAAAAAACCAACUUUCGAAAAACUCAAAAAACGUUUAUGUUAUAAUGAUAAUUAUUACAUAUAUAUAUAUAUAUAUAUAUAU